AGAUGUUUAGUGGGCCACUUGAGACAGAUUAUUAUUGACUGAUAACUGCGAAAUCGACCAGGACUAUGACAUCAUAAAGGAAUCCUCUCAAUGUACCGUGCUUGCACGGCUGCUCUCGGUAGAGGAGGCCAAUGCUGGAUGCACCGAGGAUUCGCCACGGGGUCCGCGCCAGCAGCGACGAAAUUCGCAAGUGAGGAAGUAUCAGAACUGGGCAGUGGAUCAGCGGCAGCUGGGGCGCAAUCUGGUGGUGCGAUAGAACAACAUCAUGAUGCUGCUUCUCGAUUUCGAUGUGGAAGAAAGAAAAAGCCUUUUGUGAAUUUUGAACUUGCCCGAUCCUAUGUUCGCACGCAGGGCAUUAAAAGCGCUAGGGAGUGGGCACAUUAUAGCCGAACCGCGCGGCCGGCAUGGAUACCGGCCACACCCAGCUACCACUACAAGGAGAAGGGUUUCGUGAGUUUUGCGGACUUUUGCGGCUAUGGACCGCGUACUCCAAAGAGAAUAUACGCCCAGCAAUGCCCUGAAACUGCCGAACUGAGCCGCAGGCAAGCACGCUACCGCAUCACCCACGCGAUAUCUUUGCAAGGGAUCGAGCUCUUUAUCGAGACAAUAAAAAAAGUUGCACCUGAGAUUCGUUUCACCAUGG